UGUAAACAGUAGCGUGGUGGUAGUGGACGGUCUCACUCAACCUAGUACGCACAAGUAUAAAAAAACGUGAUGUAGGUUAAAACUCUCUCAUAGUGUCAUCUUGGGGCGUUUUAUAUACCUGUAGAUACUGACAAUGGUGGAAAGUACGGAGGUGUCGCGAUUAUCUGGAGAGGAGGAGGAAGAAGAAGAAGAAUCACCCACUGUAUUAACUGAAUCUCGUCAUUUAGAGGCGAUCACAGCACCCAACACAGCAGCUCAUUCAUGGAGACUCAAGGAAAGAAUGAAGACAGUGAGUGUGGCUCUGGUGUUGUGUCUCAAUAUUCCUGUUGAUCCUCCCGACAUCGUCAAGACUCAGCCAUGUGCUCGCCUGGAGGCCUGGACAGAUCCACUGUCUAUGCCACCAUCCAAAGCUAUUGAGGCUAUUGGGAACAGUCUCCAGAAAGCUUAUGAACGAUGGCAGCCGAGAGCUCGCUACAAACAGUCUCUCGACCCCACGGUUGAUGAUGUUAAAAAGUUGUGUAUGUCCCUGAGAAGAAAUGCAAAAGAAGAACGCGUCCUUUUCCACUACAAUGGUCACGGUGUCCCCAAGCCAACCACAAAUGGCGAAAUAUGGGUCUUCAACAAGAGUUACACUCAGUACAUCCCUCUCUCCAUUUAUGAGCUACAGACCUGGAUGGGUGCACCUUCUAUAUACGUCUAUGACUGCUCAAAUGCUGCUGUCAUUGUUAAGUUGUUUGAGCAGUUUGCAGAGCAGCACGAAGAAGAAUGGCGGAAGGGCAAUAGCGGAAGUAACAGCCCACCGCCUCCAUCGUUCCGCCAGUGUAUUCAACUCGGGGCGUGCGGAGCUAAGGAGAUACUACCUAUGAACCCCGACCUCCCUGCAGACGUCUUCACCGCCUGCCUCACCACUCCUAUUAACAUGGCGGUGAGGUGGUACCUUCUUCAGAACAAGGGCAAGCUGCUUCAUGGCCUCAAUCUCGACAUUGUUGAUAAGAUCCCAGGCCAGCUGAGUGACAGACGGACGUUGUUAGGCGAACUCAACUGGAUAUUUACAGCCAUCACCGACACGAUAGCAUGGAACACCCUGCCCAGAGAUUUGUUUCAGAAAUUGUUUAGACAAGACCUAUUAGUCGCAAGUCUGUUUCGCAACUUUCUCCUCGCUCAACGCAUAAUGAGGUCGUAUGACUGCACCCCCGUGUCUUCCCCUGUUCUUCCUCCCACUCACCAGCAUCCAAUGUGGGAUGCUUGGGAUUUAGCCCUUGAGAUUUGCCUUGGCCAGCUGCCCACAGCACUCCGCACGGAUGAUCUUUACUCCCACGUCCAUUCACCAUUCUUUGAGGAGCAGCUGACUGCCUUCCAAGUGUGGCUUGAUCUGGGACAUGAACGAAGACACCCACCUGAGCAGUUGCCAAUAGUUCUCCAGGUUCUGCUGAGUCAGGUGCACCGUCCACGAGCUCUGGAACUGUUAGGAAGCUUUCUUGCUCUUGGACCUUGGGCAGUCAACCUGGUGCUGUCUGUGGGCAUCUUCCCUUAUGUCUUACGGCUCCUCCAGUCAACGGCGAGGGAACUACGACCUCUCUUGGUAUUCCUGUGGGCCAAGAUUCUCGCUGUUGACCCGAGUUGUAAAGGAGACCUAGUCAGAGAAAAUGGGUACAAGUACUUUCUGCAGGUGCUGUCCGAUACCUCCAUGCCAAUCUGUUACCAGGCUGAACACCGCACCAUGGCAGCAUUUGUCUUGGGUGUCAUUGUGUGGGAACAUCCCGAAGGUCAGCGUGUUGCUCUCCAGGGCUCUCUUAUGCCACUUUGCCUAGAGCUCCUGGGUGACCUCCAUCCCCCCCAGAGACAGUGGGCGACGAUAUGCUUGGGUCGGACGUGGCAUCAUCAUCCCGACGCUCGCUGGGCAGCAACCAGGGAUAACGCUCAUGAAAAGUUGUACACCCUACUAUGUGACCCUGUGCCAGAGGUACGCGGAGCUGCGGUGUUUUCUCUGGGAACGUUUGUCAGCAGUUUAGUGAGUCGGGAGAGGACCGACCAUGCCCGGGCCAUCGACCACACCAUCGCCAUCACCCUGGCCAACACCGUCACCCACGAUGGCUCCCCCCUUGUGAGACAGGAGCUGGUGGUGGCGCUGCAGUACCUCAUACAGAUGUACGAGAGUUCGUUUUUAACCGUUGCUCGUCAAUAUUUCCGCGACGAGAUGAUGGAUCUUUCGCCUUCGUCUCUCGCCUCAUCCACCGACAGCAUAAUGUCCCCCUCGAACAGCCUCACUCGAGUGUUUACAAGGCAUAACCCAAAACAGAUCACCUCUCCGGGCCAGGGGUUAGGGUCGAGUCCCGAUUCCUCGUUCAGUGAAUGCGUGCACACGUCGCCUCUGGGUGUGAAGAGAGCGGUGUCGACUCACUCUAUAUCAUCCUUAGGAACCGCCAGCGUCUUCUCGGGGGUGAGCAGCCUCUCGUAUAGUGGAAUGUACUGCAAGCUCUGGCAGACACUCAUCGCCCUGGAGCACGACCCCUUCCCUGCAGUUGCUACGUUGGCCAAGUUGGUUGUGGAUUAUGUGAAGAUUAAGGUAAGAACAGGCUCGAGGGACUUGGUGGAGCAGAAGGUGGAGUCGGCCCCGGGAACUCCAGUCAACAAGCCAAUGUUUAUUGUUGGGGAAUCACCUCCGUCCACCAUAGAAACGUCAACGCCAACGCGCGCGAGAUCGAGAAACCAUUUAAAUCACCAGUCUGAUGAGACGGAGAUAGGCUUCAUGAAACCAAUAGUCAGCACAGAGUUUGUUGAGUGGAGCGCUAAGACCUUCAUCCUCCCCAGGCAGAAGUCCACCGAAGAGCUCACUUCGAAUUCGUCGCCUCUUCACAGCUACUCAGAUAGGUCUCUAAGUUCUCGGCUUCUUGCGGAAUCGGAGGAACGACGCAGUGUAGGGACAAACAAGUUAGACGAUCAGGUGUUUGUACAUCGGAAUCCAGGACCGCCGGCUGUGUUACUCUUCCACCCGCUAGAACCACUCUUGACCGUUGCCGAUAAGACCAACAUCACGAUCUGGGAUGUGGAACGCAGCCAUCGGAUCAGUCACUGGGGGAACAACAACGUCGGGUCAAGUUGUAUCUCGUCGCUGGCUGUCAUUAAUCCGGGGACACCGUCUUCAUUCGUGGCUACGGCUUGUGACGACGGCAGCGUGCGUGUGUGGCGGGAUGUGUUUCAGAAUGCCCAUCAACAAUCACAUGACCCGCCCUCACUAAUAACUGCUUUUCAGGCCACCAGUGAUAUUAACCCAGCAACAAGGGGUGCUGGGUUGUUGAUGAGCUGGGAACAGGACACGGCGACCCUCGUUAUAGGAGGUGACUCGCGUACUGUAAGAGUGUGGGACAUGCAAGCCGAGCGUCGCACCAUGGAGUUACCGACGGGUGGCGAUAACACUACUGUGAUUACUGCAGUUCAUUCACAUCAUGCAGGACCUUGGAUUGUAGCUGGAUUCUCAGAUGGUUACGUGCGAGUGCUGGAUCGUCGCCUGACAAGCACCAGAGCUGUUGUCCGUCAGUGGCGCGAGCACACGUCCUGGGUCAUAAGCACCCACCUACUCAAUGCUUCACAAGCUACCACCAAGAUUAUCACUGGAGUUGUUUCAGGAGAGGUCAGAUUGUGGGAUAUGCGACAAUCAAACUCAGUACAAGUCUGUGCACCCAAUCACGAGAUGACUGCUAUGGCUACACAUGCAAAUGCUCACCUCUUUGCCACUGGGUCGGUUAAUCAGGUGAUCGGCGUCCACCAUGCGAGUGGGUCAUCAGUCAACGUCAUCAAGUACCACGAGGGAUUCAUGGGCACGCGCAUCGCUCCUGUGUCCUGCCUGGCGUUUCAUCCCCGUAGAGUCCUCCUGGCCGCUGGCACUACGGACAGUUACAUCACCGUCUAUGGACUUUCUCGCAGAUAGUGAAUAUUACUUAUAGCCUAUUUUUUCCUAGAUGGUAAAAAGUGAUUAGAUUGUUCCUAGAUUUUUAUGUGGACAACCAUGGUAACGUGUUUCAGUGAGGUCUGUCUCAGAACACCAUGUGGGAGUUAUGUGCAAAGAUUAGAAAAUAAUAAUAUAAUAAUUCAAUUUAUUUAAGUAUUGACAAAUUGUUAACAUAAGUAUAGAGAUUUAAGAAAAGUUAAAUAUUAAUUGGGCAUUAUCGUUUUCUCAUAUAUGCAGUAAACCCUCUAAUUAACAUAGUGUUUGUGGGGGCAGCGAGGAGGAGGAAGGCAUGGUUGAAAAGGUAAAUCCUAUGAUAGUGAAUUUGUAUGCAUAAACCUCAUCAUUUUUUUAUGUUGUUGAAAUUAGACACUUUUUACUAAUGACAAAUUUGUAGGGAAAAAGUUAUUGUUCAGUACUUUAGAAAUUUUGAAGUUUAUAUUCUGAUGUACUGUAGUAGUUUGAGUACAAUGUGUGAAAGUCUCUUCUCAGUAAACUUGACUGGGAGUUGAGUACAGUAGUACAUUGCCAUCUAGGACUUAUUUCCUCAGCCUGUGUGAUAAUGCUCAAUUACAGAUAUGAUUUCGAUAAACUCGUAUGGUUUUGCCCUAUUUAUUUUAUAUUAUUUAUGUCUUAUUUUUGGCUGUCCAUUUCCACUCGGUUUACUUUUGAUUUUGAAUCACGCCUUAGUACUGUACAGCGUGCCACAGAGCCCCGAUGACCAUAUAAUUUGAGGGGGUCUUUGUUUCUGAACAAAACCACAACAAUGCUUCAACUUCCUUGCUUCAAAAGAACAUAUGUGCCUUGGUAUUGUGCAGUGGCUGUAUACUGUUUUUUAGAGGGUAUUACCCCCCUUCCCCCUUGUGGUGUUGUGGGGAAGUAAUUAUUUAUUUUUUUAAAGUUUGAGGAGGGGAUUUCUACAGUUUAUUUUUCCCGGUGAAGUCUCAUUUGCAUCACAUUAGAUACACUCAUGCCUUGGAAAUAAGCAGUAUGUUGUGUUUGGUGGUGUUGCCUUUCUGUGGCCUAUCGGGGAAACAAGAAUUUUUCUGAUUUUAAGAGGUCCUUGUUUCCGGACAUUAUAGUCACCGCCUCGCUUGAUGUGUCUCGGAUUAACACACAUCACGGCAUAAUUCUGUUGUGUCAUCAUUAAUAUCAACUAAUAUAGCUGUACCAACCACAGGAGAAUUAUCUGAACGUAGUCAAAUCAGACCCACGGUAAAAAAUGAAAACUAUUAUUAAAAUGACAGUUUUAACGCCUCUGGAAUCUUCUUCAGUUACAUGUAGGAAAGAGGAUGCUGUUGGGUAUUGAGACUAUAUUAUUUAAAUGUAAGUUUGUCUUUAUUUUGUGAGACUGAUUUUUAGAUUUGAUAUUUACAUUAAAGGGAAUCUUUUCAAGUACAAUAUAAGUGUGAUGAUGAGGAGGAACAUGGUGGCAGAGUCAUCAGCCAAUCAGAAUGAUGAGAAGGGAUAAGGUGCUGCUUGGGGAAGAGAGAGAGAGAGAGGCCAACACAUGGAACUUCUUAUCUUAUCUGAAAAGAACUUUGCCAAUUACACAACAGACACCUUGUCAUGAAAUGUUUUUAAAUGUCUUUUUAAAUAUUUUGUAGGGUACAUUAUGAUCUAAAUAAGCUUAGUCUUUGGCCAGCGUUGUUAAAGGUUGAAACAACAGAAAUAAUCAAAACAUAACAGGGUGGAGACAUGACAAUAACUAUACAGUACAUUGAAUACAUUAAGAAGGAAUCAUUAGGCAAAUACAUUAUCUUUUUCCACUGUACAACGACACUGUCACCAAUAGGACAUACUCAUUACAUCAGAAUCUUUGGACUUUUUGUUAGGUCAUGUGGGCAGCAAUAUGGACGACAGACUAUAAACAAGCAUCGGAGUGCACCUAUAGCUCGGAAUGUAAUUGUUUUCGUAUUCAGGGACACCUCGUGGUAUUACACCCUUUACAAACUCUUCUCGGCCAUGAUAGAGGACGUCCAGAACCAAGGACUAAACUUAACCUAACUUAAGCUAAACUAACCUAACCUAAACUAAACUAACCUAACCUAACCUAACCAGAUGUAUUCUACAAGUACAGUAUUCCUCUUUCACAUCAAGACCCCCAAGAGAACCAUUUACUUCAUCUCCUAAGCAGAAUUUUUUAUGUAGUAUUAAAAGUUGAGAAUAAAAAACUGCAUUAGACUAUACUGUACAAUACUUGUUCUAUGAUUGUGAAAACUGUUUAAAAUCUACUGUGCUUUUUCAGAUCAGUCACAUUGGUUGAUCUUAGAGUGUAUUGAGAGGCGCUACAGAUAACCACAUUAUCUAGCCUGCGAGAGUAUAAUAGGCUGAGUGUUUAUCUAUUGACAAGUUAAAAUCAAAACAAACUAAUUUAUUUGGGAAUUCACUACUAUAGUAAGUUAGUUUUCAUUGCUGUAGUAAAUUAGUUCUCAUCCGCUGCAGUAAAUUAGUUCUCAUCCGCUGCAGUAAAUUAGUUCUCAUCCGCUGCAGUAAAUUAGUUCUAAUCUGCUGUAGUCAAUUAGUUCUCAUCCGCUGUAGUAAAUUAGUUCUCAUCCGUUGUAGUAAAUUAGUUCUCAUCCGUUGUAGUAAAUUAGUUCUCAUCUACUGUAGUAAAUUAGUUUUCAUCCACUGUAGUAAAUUAGUUCUCAUCCACUGUAGUAAAUUUGUUCUCAUCCGCUGUAGUAAAUUAAUUCUCAUCCGCUGUAGUAAAUGCCCUGGAUGUUCCGAUUAGCAAAAAUUUGACCUGACAAUUCCCGCACUUUAUCUCAUUACUUAAGAACUGUAGCAUUUAUGGAUCCUUCUGGUUUGGCUGUAUCAUCAGGUUCACUUAAUAAUAUUAUACUAUAACUCUACCUGAACCAGACAUCUGUGACAAACCCUGGCAGAUAAGCCUGAUGAUAUAUUUACCUGUUAAAUAAUGAUAAAGUUACUAUAUACAUGUACAUAAUAAAGAUGGAAUAACUUGUCCUCAUUCAAGCUUACAUUAAUGUACUCUCUUUUCCAUGGCAGUGUUUCACUCUGGAAGUCGUUGGUUUCGUCAGAUAAAAAAAAAAAGGAUUCGUUGGCCGUUCAGUUGG